AUGACAGCUGCCGGUGUGCCAUGUGUCCCAGGUUAUCAUGGACGAAAUCAAGAUCCAGUCUUCCUAGAAGAGCAGGCGGACCAGAUCACAUACCCGGUGCUUAUCAAAGCCGUCAAAGGAGGUGGCGGAAAGGGCAUGCGUAUAGCCAGUUCCAAGGCGGUGUUUCAAGCUCAGCUUGAGUCGGCUAAGUCAGAGGCCAUGAGUUCAUUUGGAGAUGAUAAUGUGCUGGUGGAGAAGUAUAUCACUACACCGCGGCACAUUGAAGUCCAGGUAUUUGCAGACCAGCAUGGAAACUCUGUUGCACUAGGAGAGCGAGACUGCAGUAUUCAACGGAGACACCAGAAGGUUCUAGAGGAAUCUCCAGCGCCUCAUCUCCCUGAUGCAACUAGAAAGGACCUCUGGGCAAAGGCGCGGUCAGCUGCAGAGGCCGUCGGUUACGAAGGUGCUGGUACAGUGGAGUUUAUUUUUGAUAACGACUCCGGGGACUUUUACUUUAUGGAGAUGAACACUCGCCUCCAGGUCGAACAUCCCGUGACUGAAAUGGUCACAGGACAGGAUCUUGUCCACUGGCAGAUUUUGGUAGCUGAAGGAGCCAAGCUUCCUCUAACACAAGAAGAAGUGGAGGAGCGUAUCGCCAAGAGUGGCCAUGGCAUCGAGGCCCGAAUCUACGCCGAAAACCCAGAGCAGGGGUUUAUCCCUGACUCAGGGCGUCUACUCCAUGUGCGAACGCCGGCUACUUCGGAGGACAUUCGCAUUGACGCAGGCUUCGUGGAAGGAGACGAAGUCUCGGCCCACUAUGACCCCAUGAUUUCGAAGCUCAUCGUGCGCGGUGCAAAUCGCGAGGAAGCUCUCCGCAAGCUGGCAGCUGCUUUGGAAGAAUAUGAAGUCGCAGGACCCGUGACCAACAUAGAGUUUUUAAAAGCCAUCUGCAAGAGCCCGGAUUUCAUCGCUGGUGAGGUCGAGACCGGCUACAUCGAGAAGCACCGUGAAGAGCUCUUUCCCUCGACGACUAUUGAGGAGGAAGUCCUAGCGCAGGUCGCAUUGGCCUGUCUACACCGUGACACCGUCUCAGGGGCGCGAUCUUCAGCAGGUGUUGCGGGCUCGACGAUCGGGUUUACUCCUAGCUACCAAGAGCGACAGUUGUCAUUCACUGAGAAUAGUGGUCCAGGGUCCACCGACGGCUCCACGUUCAGUGUGCGAGUGCAGCAGACAGCAGACGACACAUUCAACGUGCAAGUCGGUGGACGAGUCUUCGAACAGGUGGUGAGCCGCCUUGAUUCAGCGUCGCAAAUUGUCACAUCCUUCUUCGCACACACCCGGCUAGAUACAACAGUUAUUCGAGACGAGGACACUAUCAUCGCAUUCCAGCGUGGAACCCAGUACCGGCUCACGGUGCCCCGGGCUAAGUGGAUGGAGAAGGCAUUGGGACUGAAGGAUGUGACAAACAGUGUCUUGGCCCCAAUGCCAUGUAAAGUUCUGCGGGUGGAAGUGCAGGUGGGAGAUGUGGUGGAGAAAGACCAGCCGUUGGUUGUUAUCGAGAGCAUGAAGAUGGAGACGGUCAUUCGCAGUCCACAACGGGGCACCAUUGCACGGGUCGUGCAUAAAAAAGGAGUAAGUCACGCACCUUGCCCCUGA